UAGAUUAUUUUGGAAAACGUAAAUGAAAUAUUACUUUUUUAUAGCGUUUUGUAUACAAAGCGCAUAGAAUGGUGUAUACUGAGGAAUAUAUAAAAGAAAAAUUGACCAAGGAGUUGGACGCCGUUCACGUCGUAAGUACAAUCUGUAUCUGUCAAAGUUUUGACUAAAAAUCAGCUAAAAGAUAAAUUAUAUGAACGGGCCUGUGACCUGUGCGUUGAUUGUAGUGUAGUGCCAAAUCAUCCGGUAUGGGAAAGAAAUCUGAUUGGGAAAAAAUUGUUAUUACAAAAGAUAUAUGGUUACCUGGCGUAUUUUUCGCGUUAUUGGUACGAUGGUGUGUUGCCGCAUAUCCUUAUUCUGGUUAUAAGACGCCGCCAAUGUAUGGCGAUUUUGAAGCGCAACGACACUGGCAAGAAAUAACUCUUCACACGCCAAUUUCAACCUGGUAUCGAAAUACAACUCAUAAUGACCUUAAUUAUUGGGGUUUGGAUUAUCCUCCCCUUACAGCAUAUCACUCGUAUCUUCUAGCUGUAGUCGCAGAGUGGCUUUAUCCGGAAUCGGUGCGUCUUUUCGCUUCUAGAGGUUAUGAGAAUGAAGAUCACAAACUAUUCAUGCGAUGGACUGUGUUUCUCUGCGAUAUUUAUUUUUAUGUGACUGCUACAAUAUGUCUUUGUAUUGAUACAGAAAGGAUUAAGCCGAAAGAUGAAAAGAAUGUAUUCAAAAGAACUGAUAUAGCGACAGCCCUUUUUUUGCUGUAUCCAGGAAUAAUAUUGAUAGAUCAUGGUCACUUUCAAUAUAAUUGUGUAUCCCUGGGCUUAUUCAUGUGGGCAGUAUUCUAUAUUGUAGCCAUAGAAAAUGAUAUAUUAGCAUCAAGCUGCUUUAUUCUUGCAUUAAAUUAUAAACAAAUGGAACUUUAUCAUUCAUUACCAUUCUUUUUUUACCUAUUAAGAAAAUGCUUUAUUAAUGUGCCACCAAGAAGAAAAUUAUACCAUGUUGUGAGUGAGUUUAAUAAAUUGGCUAUAGUUGUUGUGUGUAGUUUUAUUAUAAUUUGGUGUCCAUUUCUCAGGUCCUGGGAUAAUGUAACACAAGUAGUAUACAGACUAUUUCCAUUAAAACGAGGUGUCUUUGAGGAUAAAGUUUCAAAUGUUUGGUGUUUCAUUAAUGUAUUUAUUAAGCUGAAAUCAUUCUAUUCUAAUGAGAAAAUGGCCAAAAUAUGCUUAAUUACAACUGCAUUCGCUGUGCUUCCAUCAUGCAUGGAUUUGUUUUUUAGAAUAAAUAAGAAAAAGUUUAUAUUGUCUCUUAUAAAUGUAUCAUUGGCAUUCUUUUUAUUCUCAUUUCAAGUUCACGAGAAGACAAUUCUGCUGGUUGCUAUUCCUGUAGCAUUGCAUUUACCAGAAGAUCCUUACAUGUGUUUCUGGUUUUUACUUGUGUCCAACUUUAGUAUGCUUCCACUGCUUCUCAAAGAUGGACUGUUAAUCCCUUUCAUAUCUACCAGUUUCAUUUAUUUAGGUGUUUACAAUAUUGCUUUAAAGCUAUCUUUACCAAGUGCAGGGUUAUUUACAUUUUUAAAUGCCAACCGAGUUUAUAAAACAAUACAAAAGAACAAGAGCCAUAAUUCAGUUUUUCUUAAACUUGUCAGUUUAUACUUCUUUGUGUCUCUCCUAGGUAUGUUUGUUCUGACCCUCUGUAUAGUUCUUGUUAAACCACCAAAAAAUUUACCAGAUUUGUUUCCUCUGCUUAUAUCAGUUUACAGUUGUUCACAUUUCUUACUUUUCUUCCUUUAUUUUAAUUACCAACAGUUCUGCAUUCCAAAAUGUUUGCCGGAAUUGCCAAAACUUAAAACCAAAUAAUCACUUUCAAAAUGUUUGUUUAAAAUUUUUAUUAUAUUAUAUAUGUAAUAAAGUUGUCAAAUAUGAAAAUGCGACUGAUGUUUUCAUUUCUCAUUUACUUUGGUAUUGCUAACCUAUUUUAUUAUUAAGUUAAUAAUUUGUAUGUAUCAUUUUAAAGAUUUGUUAUAUGUUAAUUCUGAAGUUGAUUAAUUCAUUCAUCUAUGUAUUUAUGACAGUGUAUUAAAAGUUCACCGCUGAACAUAGGGCCUCUCACAAAGAUUCCCACAUAAAGGUAUGCUCCUUAUUAAUCAAGCUUAACAGAUAGAAUAGAAUAGAAUAAAAUGAUUUUUAUUCAAUACUAGCUGAUACCCGGUGCAUUGCUGCCGCAGAUGAAUAAAUUUUGGAAAUAUUUUUUUCAAAUUUGGAAGAGUUAUAUUGUUUGAUUAGGAAUUAUGAUACAUUCAUUGAAGUUGAGUGAUGUAUAACUUUGAAAUAAAUUUGUCCCUACGAUACGCGCGCCACAAGUUAGUUGUAAUAUGCCUAUAACCUUCUUGCAAAUGCAAGCAAUAAGUUGACAAAGUCUUAGUGCAAUCUGAUAAAUGGUAUGGCAGCGCAUAAAAUACAAACAAACAUUAUUUUUUAUAUAUUAGGUAGAAUAAUACAUAACACCUAUUGAAUGUAAUUUUUUUAUUUCCCACUGGUUCAGAAAAUACCUCUGUCCUGGGAAGAACUAGCGAGAAACAUAGCAGGAUUUUUUUAAACAUGUUUUACUUCACAAUAAUUUUGUACAAUUUUUUAAAUAAAUUUUAAUAGAAUCAGCAUGGUGGGGAUUACCUCAUUCCCAAGGGUUAUUUACAUUUAUGUAUUUUUAGAUAUGAUAGUCCAGGUAUAUAUAAUGCACUUGGUGAUAUUAUAAUAACCCUUUUUGUACAAUUUUUCUUUAACAAAAUAUUUAAACUUAUUUAUAGACAAAUUUUUUAAAUUUUCUGUGAUUUUGUUGUAAAAGCAUAAAUAUUGCACCAUAAAUGAAUUACUAACUCUGUGGAGUCUAGUAACUGGUAUUACAAGCUUGUGUUUGUUCCUAGUGUUUAAAGCAUGAACUUCUUUAUUCGUAUGAAAGCUAUUUAUGUUUUUAUGUACUUACAUUACAUUUUCGUAAAUAUAUUGCGAUGCCAAAUUU